GUUUUCAGGCGGAUGUUGCGCGCAUUGUAUCCCCCUCUAUUUAUUUGUAGCAAGUUUCCCACUGUAUGGACUGGAGCUCGUUGAACAAUAAUCAUGGCUGGCCAGGAGAUGCGUCUGAACCACACUAUUUACAUCAACAAUUUGAAUGAGAAGAUCAAAAAAGAUGAACUGAAGAAGUCGCUUUAUGCUAUAUUCUCCCAGUUUGGACAAAUCCUGGACAUCCUUGUUUCCCCUGCACUGAAAAUGAAGGGUCAAGCCUUUGUGAUCUUCAAGGAGAUCAACAGCGCUUCCAACGCACUCCGCUCCAUGCAGGGCUUUCCAUUUUAUGAUAAACCCAUGCAUAUUCAGUAUUCAAAGCAGGACUCCGAUAUCAUUGCAAAAAUGAAGGGUACAUUUAUGGAGCGGGACCGUAAGAAAGAGAAGAAGAAGCCUAAAGGCCCUGAUGCAGCUGCUGGGAAAAAGAGUUCUGCUGCCACACCUGCUAUGGCUGGAGUACCUGCAGCUGUGCCUGGAAUGCCACCCAUGAAUCAAGCCCCUCGCAUGAUGCCAAUGCCUGGUCAGCCUCCCUACAUGCCCCCACCUGGUAUGAUGCCACCACCUGGCAUGGGACCUGGUGGUAUGCCACCAGGGCAGAUGAUGCCGGGUCAAAUGCCAGGCCAGAUGCCUCCACAGGUUUCAGAAAACCCUCCCAACCACAUCCUGUUUCUUACCAAUCUCCCAGAGGAGACCAACGAACUUAUGCUGUCCAUGCUUUUCAACCAGUUCCCUGGAUUCAAAGAAGUUCGUCUCGUCCCUGGUCGUCACGAUAUCGCCUUUGUGGAGUUUGAUAAUGAGGUGCAGGCGGGUGCAGCUAGAGAUGCAUUGCAAGGCUUUAAGAUCACACAGAGCAAUGCAAUGAAAAUCUCCUUUGCCAAGAAAUAACAACUUUGUGCACACAAUCACUCAGCUCCUAUGACAGAUGGCAGUUCCUCAGGCCUGCAUUAAAUUCAUUUUUAAUUGAUGUAUACCCCAAAAAAAAGUCCAGAAAAGGAAAGUACAUUUUUCCUUUUAUUUUACAGUAACUUGCCUAGCCGUGCCACAGUUAUUUUAGUUUUAUAUUUGACAAUACAAAUUUAGGAAUGGGGAAGAUUAAUUUUCAUCUUUGCAUUUUUCGUUGUCUUUCUCUUCUCUGAGAGGAUCGGCUUUGGUGAAUUUGUAAGUAUGUCUGAUUUUUUUUUUUGUACUCUGAUUCUUGAAAAGCAUUGCACCCAGAGUCUGUUUCCCAGACAUUGUACCUGGAGCUUUUGUGUUUUUAAUUAAAUUACAUUGUUUUCCAUAUUAUA